AUGUCUGCCGCAGACCUGAUUGAGUCUGCAAAGAGGCUCGCUGCUUUCCAGGCCGUCGACGAGCAUCUAUCCUCGUCCUCUAAGUACGUCGGCAUCGGCUCCGGCAGCACCGUCGUGUACGUCGUUGAGGCUAUCGUCGCCAAGGGCCCCGCCUUCUAUAGCGGCAUGACCUUUAUCCCUACCGGAAGCCAGUCUAAGGGACUUAUUCGACACGCUGGAUUGGCUCUAUGCAACCUGGAUGAGCGCCCAGUCGUCGGCGGCAGGCCCGUUGCCUUGGAUGUCGCCUUUGAUGGCGCCGACGAGGUCGACGAGGAUCUCAAUUUGAUCAAGGGAGGCGGCGCAUGCUUGUUCCAGGAGAAGCUAGUGGCGAUAUCGGCAAGCAAGUUUGUGGCCGUGGCCGACUCUCGCAAGCAGUCUCCGCGACUGUGUAUAAAGUGGAAGGCGAUCCCCAUCGAGGUUCUGCCCAUUGCUGCCCCUGACGUGCUCACCCGCCUCCAGGCCAUGGGCUCCCCAAACGCAGCCAUCCGAUCCGGGCUGCCCAACAAAGCCGGCGAGUGCGUGACCGACAAUGGCAUGUGGAUCAUUGACGCCCCGUUCCCGCCACUCCUGUUACCUAAGGACCUAACCGCCAAUGUGGAAGGCCAGGGCGAGGGUGGAUUAUGGGAGAUUAACUUGUUGGCGGACAGGCUGCUAAAGAUCCCGGGUGUUAUAGAAAUCGGGCUGUUCCACGGCUUUAACGGAGAGCAGGCCGCCAUACUAGGCAAGGGGCCCGGAGCACAAAAACCGGUCGCGGCCUACUUUGGAAUGCCUAGUGGGGAAGUCCAGGUCCAGCAGGCAGCAAAGGGCAGUAUUAAUAAAAGUAGCUAUUAA